AUGGAAAUGUGUGAGCGGAAUCCUUUAAAUCCCGGCUAUGUUGGUUCCCUGUUGAAUUUUGCGCCCGCUGAGUCGCUCUAUUUCUCCAACUUGCGGGGUAAUGGAGCCCACAUACCCGGGCUGCAUCAGCUCCCCUACAACAGGAGAGAGGUGUGCACGCUCCCGUGGACUUCCUCAAGUUCGUGCACGUCUGGACCAGCAGCACCACCACAGAGCCGCGCCUUCGGAGGCUACUGUCCGCCGUUUCUGUCCAACUCGGUGUCUAUAAAUUCCAACUCCUCCAGCGGCCACGUCAAGGCGCAUUUGGAGGAGUCUGCUCGAUGCUUUCAGAGCGCAAACCGCAAGUCGGAGGAGUCUGGCAGACAAGAUGAAGUUUACGCCGGGGAGCACGGGCCCGCCAGUGAGCGCGGUUACUCAGAUCUGGACAGCCGGUCCCACGGUUCUGCGGCCCAGCUCGAUCCGGACUCAUCAGGUCCGCUGCAUGUGGCGGGCACCAAACAGGAGCAGAACCCCGUUCACCCAUCAUCAAGUCACACAUGCUCCAGGACGACUUUUGCAGAAGGUGCCCCAUGGUGCUCGUCACAAGUGAAAACCAGAAAGAAGAGAAAGCCUUACUCGAAGCCACAGCUGGCUGAACUUGAGAAUGAAUUUAUGAUGAAUGAAUUCAUCAACAGACAGAAACGAAAGGAGCUGUCAGACAGACUGGACCUGAGCGACCAACAAGUGAAAAUAUGGUUUCAGAACCGGAGGAUGAAGAAGAAACGACUGAUGAUGCGCGAACACGCUUUCUCCGCUUACUGAUGACCUUUGUACUUGAUCGUGACCAGCAGUGCACAGAAAAUAUGCGCCGUUGUACUAUGAAUGUUGCAGCACAUCACAUACCCAUUCGGUUUGUGGCAUGGACUUGUAGCUAUUUAUAAAUAUGUAUAAAAUGUUUAUAUUCAUGUCACAUAAUGGGCUACAUUUUUAUCCAGUCCCAACAUCUUCAGUGGUAUUAGUAAUAAAGCAGAUUAAGAUUUCUGAUUUUGAGAUUUUCUGAAUGCGCACUAGGCCCUGGCUCCUGGUUGGCCUGCAGCCGCGCAUAAUAAUACACAUUUAAGGCUAAUUGUUUACCAUCCAGCUCAGACUUCAGACCUAUUUAAACAGGAAUAUGGUUCUAUGUGUGUUUUGUGUAUUUUGUAUGAUUGCCUGCGCAUGCAGUGUAGGCCAAAUGUGGAAGCAAGCAGUCAAGUUCAUGUUUACGGACGGAUAAAACCUUAUUGCUAAAUAUAUUAUAAAUGCAUGUCUGUUUCCUAAUUGCUGUUAUACAAUUAAAUGUUUGAGUUUCCCCCAAAAUUGACUGUACAUUUGAUCAAACAAGAAAAGUGACAUUGCUUUUGUUUGUAAGUGGCCGCGUCCACAUUCAAAGUCGGUGUGUGGAGGAAAAUAUUUGCGCCGCAUUUAGUGCUAGAAGGUGUUCAAAUGAAUGCAGAACAAAUGAGUUUGUGGAUGUGAAACAUUGUGAUGGUGUUAGUUCAAACUACAUUUUAACUGUAUGAAAUGAGUCUGGAUUUGUACCUGGUUUCGUGUUGCUAUACCAACGUGGAUAUACUACACAGUCACAGAUCAGAUGCAUCGGAAUCAAUCUGGCUCUGUAGGCCCAGUCUUUAUAUUAAUUCAUGAAAAAUUAAAUAACAUUUCACUUUACAUUCAUGAAUCAUUCCAGAGAGCAUGUUACUUUCAAAAAAUACGAAGGCGCAUUAGACCAGCCAUCCUUUUACGCACGGACGAGAGAUUUU